CAUGUGAUAGGGUUACAGGAACACUGGGCUAGUUGGCUAGACAGGUGUAGAACUAAUGAGCAAGGGAACUGUUCAAUGACUAGAUAGCAGUCGAAGGUGUAGCACUUUAGUGCUUCUUCAUUAGUCAUGCAGUGCAAGAGUGAUUGGAAUGUAACAGAUUAUGAUGCUAUUACUAGAAGGACAACUGUUUUGUCUAGUAGAUCGAGCAACAUGUGAAAUUAGCUCUUAUUGAAGUGGUACAUUGUUUGUGUUAGGAACUGAGGCAACUGAAUGGCUGAAACUAGUAGUCAAGUCACUAAAUGGGGAAGCUGUGCAAUUGAAGGCAAAGUCAUCAGAUACUAUUGCCAUACUGAAGGAGCAACUUCCUAGCAAGAAAGACUCUUCAUCCAUGGGUCAACUACUCCUUCUCAAUGAAAAACAAUUACGUGAUGAGCAAACAUUGUCUGAGGCAGGAUUAGCUAAUGGAAUGACACUGAGUUGUGUUGCUUGUCCACGUUCUAUGACAAGCAUGGGACCCGAUGUCAGUGAGUUAUUUGUGCGAGCUUUGCAGCGAGGACCUACGACUGAAAUAACUCGAGUCAAGAUUGUCAUUGUUGGCAAAGACAGAACUGGCAAGACAUCCUUUAAGCGAUCCUUGCUUAAACAGAAGUUUCAGGUACUUGAACUAAGAACACCCGUGGUGGCUAGACCAGAAGUGGCUGUUUGUGAAGCAUGCAACUGGAGAGUUUUGCAUGACAAAGACGAGGAAUUGUUAGAUAGACAAAUAGCUAGAGCAGCGAUCCAUGCACAGGGUAGUGCUAAUGUAAAUGUGUCAGGCAGCGAAGACGCCAACCAACCAAACGAUGAGAAUAGAGAAAUCAUUCACAGUCAAUUGGGCACGAACACAAGCAGAGUGAGUGAAGCAACUGCAUCAAUUGAUGAUGCUGAAAGCAGCACAGGUGAUGACAAACUGGAUGAAGCAAUUGCUCUAACCGAAUCAAUUGGUCGUGCUAUAGAGCAGUUUAAAAAUGAUCCCGAUUUACUGAAGCAAGAAGCUUCCAAAGUGUAUUAUGCCAUCUGGGAUUUAGGAGGUCAGGAAGUCCUACUUCCUGGUCAACAACAAGCCAUCACACCAGGAAGUAUUGUUUGUGUCGUUUUUGAUGCACGCAAGUAUCUCGAUGACAUAGCUCAAUCAAUCCACCGUUCUCCUACUACCUUAAAUAAAGAAACCCAGAUUCCUAACGUGUGGAUUGAAACCAACUAUGAUUCUGUGUCUUUAUGGGCAUCUGGUACUUCCUUGGCAAGAAUUGAGGAUUGGCGUAUAUUAGAGCUAUAUGCAUCCCCAGUUAUGUUCCUGAUUGGAACACAUAUCGCUGAAGCCAGUGAAGAGAUGAUACAAAAACAAAAUGCAUUUCUGUCUAAGAAGUUUUGCGAUCAGCAAUUUACAGAGCACAUCUACCGACCAAGCAACCAACCCGAUGAUUGGUUUUUCCGUGUUGAAAACUCGGUAUCUGACCCAGAAUCUCCAACUGAAGAUCCGGGUGUGAUUGAAGUGAAGCACGCCAUUGAAACGUUAACAGGCGAUGAGUCAUUUAAAUAUGUGAUACCAGCAACUUGGUCAGUGCUGGAGAAAAUUUGCGAUGCUUUAGAAAAGAAAUUGGGCAGUGCCUUGUCGUAUGUCAAAGAUAUCAUGCCUUUUGCCGAGCGAUUGUGUCGUAUCUUUGACGAGGCAGAAGUUCGUCUUGCUUUGGUGUAUUUGGAUAGAGCCGGAUCAGUAAUAUUUCCUCAGGCAUAUUUGGAUAAAGCCAGAUCAUUAGAAUUUUGUCAGAAAAGUGAGAAGUUGAAGGAUGUAGUUGUCACCAAACCGAACUGGCUUUUCAAGGUUUAUUCAGUGAUUGCAUCCGUUUAUUAUCCUCCUGGGCUAUUAGGUAGGGAUUGGCAAGAAGCAAAGGCAACAGGAAUAGUUAGUUGGAAACUGAUGAAAUAUUUCCUUGAAAAGGCAGGAGUGAAGGAAGAUGAGUAUGAAGUUGCAUUGAAUUUGUUGAACUGGUUCUAUAUGCUCUGGCCUAAACCUUCACCAUCUGCUCCAGUAAUUCCUUAUGAAACAGACUACUUUGUACCAUGUCUACUAGAGUCUGAGUCAAAAAGGCAAACAGAAGGUGCUGCUCGAGUGAAUCCAAAUGAUUGUAAACCAUUGUCACUCAUUGUUUCAUCUUGCAACGUUGCAUUUAUUCCCGAGCAGCUGCACUUCAGAUUAAUGAUGUGUUGCAUUGAGAAUUAUCCUGACGAACCGAUGUUGACUCGUUACCAGUCUGUGUAUCGAGUUGAUAGGGGUGUCAGAUUAGAAAUUAUUUACCAUUCAAAGAAAUACCUCAUUGUGACCAUCAACACGAACAGGCCAUGCCAUGAAAUUGCACCUUUAUGUACGAAGAUUCGGCUGUUUAUCAUUGAAAAGCUCUGUGAUUUGAAGGAACUAGGGUUGCCGAAUUUCGAGUUUUCAUUAAACAUUCAACGUUCAGGACCAGCUGUUGCUGUGGAUCCCACUAAGCUAGUAUGUAUAGACGACUACAAAGCAAGUGAAGACACGCAACUUAGAGAAAAUGAAAGCAAACGUGAUGUCGAGUUGAAUCCCAAUGAAAAAGCUGCACUAGACUGUUGGUUUUAUGAACAGAAAAGUGAUGCUCAAGGAACAGUUGCAGCUGCGUAUGAAUACGAAGAUAUUGGAUCGCCUUCCGGAAAGAGGAAAUGUCUAGAAGGAAAAGGUACAGCUAGAGUUACAGCUGCAAGAUUUGAUCGUCCACUCCCGAGCCACGUUCUGCCCAAGCUGCCCAACACUACAGCUGCGUGUGAAUGCGAGGCACUUAUUCAGGACGAGGAUGGUAGAAAGAAGCUCACUAAAGUCAUUAUAAACAACGUGUCCCGCUCCUAUCUUGGAAUCGGACUCCAGGUUGGCUUGAAAAAGAACAGAAUAGAUGAACUGGUCUAUCUCCUCCCGAGUGGACACGCUAGACUUCAAGCCAUUCUCUGUGAAAUACAACAGGAUGUGGGCGAAGAAAGAAUGCUCCGGAAAGUUUUACAGGCUUGCGAAGACUUGGGUAUAAUGGGUGGUAUUUGGGAUGACUUGGAAACGCUGGCAUUGUCUGAAAAAAAUGUUUAGCAAAUUUGCUUUUUAGCUAGACUUGCAAUUUGAAUGCAUGCAUGCCGUACGUUUUGUUGAGCGCAUAGAAUUUGGAGGGAUUCAGACUACUAGAUAAUGAGUGUCCCAUGCGAUUUUGUUUUGUGGAUGCGUGUAUCUAGAAAUAAUGACAUAUCUAGCAAACCACUUA